UUCUCCCUGUUUUAUCUGUCAGGGGCUGAGCUUCCCGGGUCACACGCUUCUGCCGCAUCCGUAAGUGACCUGAGAGCCCGGGCGGAGCCGCCGCCGCCGCCGCCGCUGCUGCUGCCCAGCGGGGUCCGUGCGGGGAGAGCCCUUCCCUAGCGCCCCCCUGGGCCCAGCCGGGGGGACUUGCUCCGGGGGCUGGGAGCAGCCCCGGGCACUGCCGACACCAGCCCCUGAGCCGGAGCCUGCAGCAGACGGUGGGAUUGUGAGGGAGAAGGAGGAGGAUAAUCUUGAUCUAAAUGCCCAGAGGAAGGGGGAACCUCAUGAGAUGUCGCUAAGGAGAUCCAAAGGGAAUGUUUCCCAGAGUUCACCCCAGUGGAAAUUUUACAGGAAUAAGCACAGGCAGGGAAGACAGCAGAGGAACCAUUCCAGUGGGGAGAGAGGUAAACACACUCUUACCAUCAAAGAGACAUCAAGCAGCUCAGAGAUGACAUUUUUCUACCAGCAAACCCCAUAAAGAAGAAAGAUAAAGCACAUGUGCUGACUAAGGGGCAAGGCUUCGCGCAGAGCUCAGACCUUACCUGCUGUCCGAGGAGCCACAUGGAAGAGAGAAUCCGUGACUGUCCUGAGCGUGCAAAAAGUGUCGAUGUCAAAUCAGUUCUUGCCUAGCCUCAGAGAACCUACAUGGGAGAAGAGCCCUGUGUAGCUACUCACUGAGGGAAAUUGUUCAGUCAGAGCUAAUUCCAUGUAGAGAUCAGUGACUCCGCCCUGUUCAAAUGGAAACAUUGAUCAUUUGUGGGUAAGAAUGGUGGUGGGAGAUGGGGCAGAGAGGAUGGAGCUCUGUUUGUGGGUUCAGUGCUGAUAGCCAGUGAGCACAGGAGCUGGAUGACUUGUUUGUCAGAUAGAUCAUAGGCAGAGGGAGCAGGUUCCUAAAGGGAUCUCGUUGAUUGUGUGAGGAUUUGUGGGAGUGAACAGCAUAUGGCAGGAAGUGAGCUGGGGGUGGGGUCAUAGAUUCAUAGAUACUAAGGUCAGAAGGGACCAUUCUGAUCAUCUAGUCCGACCUCCUGCACAACGCAGGCCACAGAAUUUCACCCACCCACUCCUACGAAAAACUCACCUAUGUCUGAGCUAUUGAAAUCCUCAAAUCGUGGUUUAAAGACUUCAAGGAGCAGAGAAUCCUCCCUCAAGUGACCCGUUCCCCAUGCUACAGAGGAAGGCGAAAAACCUCCAGGGCCUCUUCCAAUCUGCCCUGGAGGAAAAUUCUGCUUUUUAUUUCAGUGGCCCUUGUGAUGUAAGCUGGAUAGUCUUAGUGCAGUUCCUAGCAGGAUAGGCAUCCACACAAGAAAACCAUUUACAGGAUCUGUUGUCUCAGCAAAGAGGCCAAGGAGUGAAUCCUGCUCAUCUGGUGUACAAUUUGUGAGGACCUGCAUGAAGAAUAACUCUUCGCAGAUUAUUUACUCAGCAAAUUAUUCAAGCUCUCUUCCUGUUGGAGACAGCAAACUGGAAAUUCCUCUGUCUAGUUUGAAAUCCUGUGUGAAUUCACUUGACAUGUUUUUUGGUUUUUUUGGUAACUCUUUGGCUGGAUGGUGAAUAGUUUGCAACAAUAUUUGAUAGCCACAGUCAGCUGCUUUGGUUAGUGGUGAUUAGACACAUGGUAUUUUCCAAGUUCCUUGGCACCAAAGGAAUAACUUGUGACAAGGAGAAGGGCUUGAAGAAGCUGUUUAGCAGGGUAGGAAAGAAGAUUAGGAAAGUAGAUCGUUUUAAACCUCUCCUGUAAGGCACCACUGGCCUCAGUUCUGGGGCACCAUCUCUGGAUAACUGAGGCUGCUGUCAGAUUUAUUGGCUGGGUGCAGGAUUUCAAUGUAACUUUCUCUUGCCACAUUUGCACCCUCUCAUUUCAUGUGCGUCCAGGGUCUGGACAGAGUGUCUCAGUGUCAGGGCUCUAGUGGGGAUUUAGGAGUCCUGUCCCUGUUCCUCAUUGGUGUUAAGCAGGGUUUUAGGUUGUUUUAUAUAUCAGCCUUUACCGCUGGCUAGCACACAAUGAAGAGAAACAGUCAUAGCAGCAGAGGAUGGAGAAACUCCUCUGCCAAACCGCCACGCUUAAGCCCCAAGCAGCAUGCGGCCAGCCUCAGCAUUGGCACUGGUCUAGGAUUGUUGUCACAGCCAUGCAUGUCUGCCAGCCGCCGAUCACCACGAUCCACCACACAGAAAUACUGCUUGGUCGAGCCUGCUGUAUCCGGUGUCAUAGGGGAGUCAGGCACUGGGGGACCCCUCUUUAUCCCAGAUGAGGUAUUGCAGGUUGUCAAGUCUGAGGCCGACGAGGAUGGAGCCAGCGUGGUCGGGGAGGCAGGCUCAUCAGGGGGCGACACAAUUUCAGGCUACUCCUCUGGGGUGGACGGGGAAGCUCCCAUGGAGCCAGCUACCCCAGAGGACAUGGAGGAGGAGGGCAGUGACUGGGUGGGAUGCCCUAGCACGCAGGAAGGGGUAGCCCAGCAUCAGAUGCUGAUAGCCUCAUAUUUUACCAGUGUCCAAAAGCAGGAUGAGUUGCCCAUCUGGAGCGGGGGAGACCUCAGUGCUGGAGCUGGGGAAACCACAGGGAACAGCAGUGCAGAGUGCAAUUCCCACAGCAUCGGCACCAUGCCUGUGGUGGCGAUGCAGGGCCCCGGGCCUGGGAGAUACCACCGGCAGAAAUCAUGGGUCUGGGAGUAUUUCUCCAUUGACCCUGGGAACCCGACCCGUGUCACCUGUAUGAUCUGCCAGCAGAUGGUCAAGCGUGGGACUGACCCCAAGCGCCUGGGCACAUCGUCGCUUGGCAACCACAUUAAGCACAACCACAGCAUUGUCUACAUGCGCCAGAAGAACAUGGAGAGCCAGCAGCCCGGAGUGGCAGAGUCCCCCCUGACACCACGUGGGGCUGCACUGAAGUGGAGGCAGCAGAGAGGCACUGGCCGGGCCCCCAGCAUUGCCAGGAGACCUGGGGGCACGUACACCCACCUGUCCAUCGAUGAGAGCCUGAAGAGGGGCACCAAGUACCAUCGGGCCCACUCCCGGGCACUGGCACUGAACUCUGCCUGUGCCAAGAUGCUGGCCCUGGACCUCCUACCUUUCUCCCACGUAGAGGGCGAGGGCUUCAGGGAGAUGAUGGCAGCGGCUGCCCCCCGGUGGCAGGUGCCCAGUCGCUCCUUCUUCUCCAAGAAGGCAGUGCCGGAGCUGUGCCGUGCAGUAAAGACUGCGGUGAUGCAGGCUCUGGGGGGCUGUGUGGGUGGCCGUGUGCACCUAAUAGUGGAUAUGUGGACCAGCGGGCAAACCACUGACUACAUGUCCAUCAGUGCCCACUGGGUGAGCAUGAGCAACAGCAGCAUCUUGCGCCAGCAUGCCACCCUGUACAUGUGCGGCCUGGAGAAGCAGCACGGCACCGGGCACGUGCUGGAGAGGCUGCGGGGGGUCAUCAGGGAGUGGCUCAUGCCCCUCUCCCUCUCAUCGGGCUUUGUGGCCUCAGAUGAUGGACAGCGGGUGCGGCAGGUGCUGCGAGAAGGCGGCUUCCCCCGCGUCAGCUGCCUGGCACACUGCCUCGGCAUGGUGGUCCGGGAGUUCCUGCACAGCAAUGAGGAGGUGGACCGGGUGCUGGCAGUGGCCAGGAAGGUCUGUGCCCACUUCAGGCACUCCUACACUGCCCGCCACCUGCUCUGGGAGCUGCAGGUGGAGAAUCAGCUGCCACGGCACCAGCUGAAGAAGGAGGUGGCGAUGCGGUGGAGCUCCACCCUGCGAAUGCUGGAACGGCUGUAUGAGCUGCGAGCCGCUGUCCAGGCCUUCUGCCGGCGCCAUUCUGCCCAGCGGGCCGGCGGGUUGCACAUGGCCCAGACUGACUGGCCCCUCAUCCACAUCUUGUGCCAGAUCCUGCGGCCCUUUGACGAUGCCACGAAGCUGGUGAGCAGGACUGAUGUCAGCAUCAGUCAGGCCAUCCCACUCAUCUGCCUGCUGGAGAAGAAGCUGCUCUCACUGGUGCAGCAGUAUGAGGGCGAGGAGACUGGCCAGGCGCUGGCGCACAGCCUGCUGCAAACCCUGCGGGGCAACCGACAGAUUGCUGAGAUCCGUGCUCAGGAGCACUAUGUCCUGGCCACCUAUGUAGACCCCCGCUUCAAGAACAACAUGGCCUCCUUCGUGCCCGAAGGGGAGGGCGGUCUGCACCGCUGGACGCAGAGACUCAUUGACGAGGUGGCCAAGAACAUCCGGGAUGUCCAGGACCGUGGCACCAGCCGGAGACAGACACAGCAGCAGCGCAAGGGCAGUGCCUCAGACCGGGGCAGGUCUCUGUGGGACAGCCUGGAGGACUUCGGUCUCAUCAGCGUGGCCCCGGUACUACUGGACUCAGCCAAGACCCAGGCAGCCCAGAUUGUGGAGGGCUACCUGCAGGACACCGUGGUCCUGUCAGCCAGUGCCGAGCCCUUGCUGUAUUGGCAGCUGAAGCGGGACAUGUGGCUGCCCCUCUUCCAGGUGGCUGUGCAGCACCUGAGCUGCCCCCCCUCCAGCCUCUAUUCUGAGCAGUUCUUCACCACGGCGGGGACCAUCGUGCGGAACAGGCGGACUUGCCUCUCUACUGGCAGUGUGGAGAGCCUGGCCUUCAUCAAAAUGAACAAGCACCUGCUCCCCCGGGAGUACCAGGUGCCAGAACAUGUGGCCGGUGCCAGGGACAAAGCGACAUGGAACAUGGAGGAGGAGGAAGAUAACAUGGAGGGACUCUGACCACUGAUGCUACCUACUUAAUGUCCUUGGUGGUUGAAACCAUCCCUGGCCCGCCUCAUUGACACCGAGAGCCUAUGUUGCCUUUCUUCAUGGAGACCAAUUGUACAACAUGCUUUCAUGUGCAUGGAUGUGAGAUGGGUGCAGAGCACAGCAGUGGGCACCAGUGCCAGUCACCAUCUCAGAACUCAUUCCUCCCUGGCUUUUGUCUUGGUUGUGGUUCAUGGACAUUUGUAUAGAGCUUGGCAAAAUGUUUCAGUCAAAUAGUUCACCAUGAAAUGCAGUUUGGGGCAACUAAUGACAAAUCCAGGUCACAUUCAGCAAAUAGUUUCAGCUGAAUAAAAACAAACUAGUCAAAAUGUUUUAUUUUGAAAUUUUCAAAACAAAAUGUGUUGACCUUUCAUUUCAAAGUGAUGUUUCAUUAGAAAUGUAGCUGGAUGUAAUUUUUUAAAAGGGUAAAAACACUUGGAAAUGAAAUGAAAAACUGGAAAAAAAAUUGCGGUCGGUUUGAACAAAAUGUUUUGCUUGGCCAGAAAUGGCAUUUUUUUCCCCUGAUUUUUUGGUUCAGUCGCUAAACUGGAAAAUCAACUAUUCUCUCAGCUCUACAUUUGAAUUCUGCUGCAAUGGGGACAGGUGUGGGAAGAGUGGCCCCAUGGUUUUCACUGUAAUUGCCAUCAUCCGUCUAGUGGUAUAUCUAUGUAUGUACCACUAGACGGAAAUAUAUAUAUUGCCGUGUUUUGAUCUGUCAUGGGGAAUUGUUGAGUAUUCCCUGGAAAAGGGCAGUGUUAUUGUCCAGUUUAAAACACCCCAUUGGGACCAGUAAAUAGACAGCUGUGAACCCCUUGGUACAUGUCAAUGCUGCUACUGACAGAUUUGGUCAUCUACGUUCCUGCCACUGGCUUGGUCUCAGUGGUCUCUAGUCAACAGGCCAUCAGCAAGGAAAGCUCUAGUGGAGGAAUGUGGGGUGGGAAAACAGCAAAGCCAUUUUGGGGUACAAGGUCAAUUAUCUCUUUGGAAGCUCUGCAUUACGGGGCCUCCUGGCCUUUGAUUUACAUGACCUGUUAGCAAACUGGCUGCAGAAAAACAUGCCCUAGCAGUGAUUAGAUUCUGGAAUCUUUUUAUAUACAAUCCCCUGUACGGCUGGUCUCUGAAAUGUUUUAAGAAAAUGACCUUAAAAUUAAGGUCAAUAUUUUCAAAAACGGGAUGAUUAAAAUUAGGGGCCUAACGAUGAAAAUUUUCUAAAGGGUGUAAGCACGAGUUUGACUGAUUUUUCUGUGGAAUUUGUACUCCUAACCCCUGGAGGUGCUUUUAUUUAAGAAAAUGAAUUCAAACUGGGAAAGGGCUAUGAUCAGGGGAAUGUAGAGCUUGUCUUACGAGAGGAGCUCAAAGACCUUGGCUUGGUUAGCUUAGCUGAGAAGAGGGGAUGUGAUUGCUUUCUUUAACUAUAGCAGAGAAGUGAAUAGCAGGGAGGAAGAAAAGCUAUUGAAGCUAAUAGACAAUAUUGGCACAAGAACAAAUGGGGAUAAACUGGCAGUUAAUAACUUCAGGCUGGAAAUUAGAAGAGAAUUUCUAACCACCAGAGGAGUAAGGUUCUGGAACAGACUCCCAAUAGGAGGAGUGGAGGCAACCUAACUAGUUUGAAGAUGGAGCUCGAUAAGUUUCUGGAUAUGACUAUCUGAUUGGGCUGCCUGCGAUAGCAGGGGACUGGACUCAAUGACACAUGAGGUCAUUGACCCAUAGGGUUAGAAGGGACCUCAGGGGUCAUCUGGUCUAACCCCCUGCCAAGACAGAGGGCUAUACAGCCUCCUUCUGAAGCUCCAGUGAAGGAGCUUCCAAGACCUCCCUAGGCAUCUAUUCCAUUGUCCUCCUGUUCUUACAGUUAGCAAGUUUUUCCUGAGAUUUAAUCUAAAUCUGCUAUGCUGCAGUUUGAACCCAUUGCCUCUUGUCCUGCCCUCUGUGGCAAAAGGGAACAAUUUUUCACCAUCUUUUUUAUGGCAGCCUUUCAAGUAUUUGAAGAAUGCUGUCAUGUCCCCCCUUAAUCUCUUCUUUUCCAAAUGAAACAUACCCCCAUUCUUUCAGCCCUUGCUGAUAUGGCUUGCAUUCCAUCCCUUUGGACAUCUUUGUUGCUUGCCUCUGGAUCCUUUCCAGGUUAUCUACAUCCUUUCUAUGCAUUGGUGACCUAAUUAGACACAGUACUCCAGCUGAGGCCUAACCUGUGCCAAAUAACGCUGUACUAUCCCCUCCCGUGACUUGCAUGCUAUUCUUCUGUUAAUGAACCAAAAUUGCAUUUGACUUUUUUUUUUUUUUUUUUUGCAACAGCAUCGCAUUGCUGAUUCAUGUUGAGAUUGUGACCCAUCACAACUCCCCGAUCCUUCUCAGCUGUGCUGCUUCCAAGCCAGUUAUCCCCCAUUCUGUAUUUGUGCAUUUGCAAACUUGAUCAGUAUGCUCCCUUUCUAUGAAAAUCUCACUAUACCGCCGUACUUUUAUGUAGGUGCCUAAAUCUGGAUUUAGGUGCUUAAAUUUGGACAACAGUCUUUGAAAAUAAUGACAGACAUGCAGCCACCAGAGAUGUUUUUGGUGCUGUAUGCAUAUUGAUUUUCACUCACUGUUCAAUGCUGAGUUCCUCCCCAGUAAUUUGAAUAAAGAUUAUAUAUUUAAAAGGAGAUGUAUUCCUUACCCCAAAAUACCUUAGGAACAUAAAUAAAAGAAGGUUAUUUGCAUUAA